CUAUAUUAAGUACCACAAAAACCAUAAUCAAAAUGAAGAAAAAUUAAAAUCAGUAUGAGCUAUACUUUGGGAAAACAAAAAUAAUUAAGAAUUGUUUAUGGUGAAAACAAAGAAAACAAUUUUUGUUUAUAAAAUCAAGUGACUCAGUGAUACCCUUAAGACUCUAUUGCUUUUGUCAGCUGGGUGGUUGGGGGUUGAAUAAUGCCAAGCAGUUUAUUGUUUGCCACCAGUAGUGAGGGUAGAGUUUAUACUCUGUCCACAAGUUCGGCAGCAUGGCGAGAAUUUCCCUACACCGGUUUGGAAUUCAAGAAAAUUUCUGCCGUUUCUAAUUUCAUGUGGGCCAUUGGUGGUGACCGUCAGGUGUAUGUACAUGUCCAUGGUCUCGAUGUGCCAAUACGGGUUAAAGAAGAGGCAUAUGAAAAUGAAAGAUGGCUGCCAAUAGAGGGUUUUUCCAAAAAGUUAUUACCCACUGAUCGUUACAAGUUUUCGUCGGCUGAUGGCCAGCAGGAUAGAACAAUUGAAAAGAUUCGUCUACCUUCGAUGGCCUGGCAAUGGGAUGGUGACUGGCAUUUGGAUUUAGAUUUGGAGGGACAACCUUUGCCAGAAGAUGGUUGGAUGUAUGCCUUGGACUUUCCAGCCACAUAUUCUGUGAAAAAGUCUUGGAAUUCCUAUGUGAGACGUCGGAAGUGGGUGAGAUUUCGCCGUUACAGUGCAUUGAAUUGUUGGUGUGCUGUGGCUCCCCUGCACAAGGACCCCACACAAGAGCCAUUUAUAGAUGUGGCCGUGGGUGGAUCUAGUGUGCCAAAUGCCCCAACAGGUACCCAAGUGGUUUGGGCCAUAACAGCGCAUGGCAGGGCUAUGUUCAGAGGAGGGGUAUCAAUUAACGCACCCGAAGGCUUACGUUGGACCACCAUUUCAACUCCAGUAGGCAGUGAAUUAUCUCAGUUAAGUGUUGGACCCACAGGUUUGGUUUGGGCAGUACUUUUCAAUGGUCGUGUUAUUGUACGUUCGGGAGUAACUCGCGAAAAUUUAUCUGGCAGUUCCUGGUUAGAUGUAAAACCUCCCAUUCAUUCUAAUGGCACUGAUUCAACAAAUAAUUUGAAAAUUAUACAAGUAUCGGUGGGUAUAAAUGCGGUUUGGUGUGUUUGCAAUGAUUGCAGCGUCUGGUUUAGACGUGGCAUUAAUGGUGAGGCAUCAGGUGUAAGUGAAGAUGCGGCCAUUGGUAGUGGUUGGGUGGAAAUGAUUGGCAACAUAUCAAUGGUUUCGGUGGCAGCUAAUGAUCAGGUUUUUGCUAUUGGUUCAGCGGAUCGUGCCCUCUACUAUAGAUCUGGUGUAACCUCCUCUGAUCCCACAGGCAAAAAGUGGCGGCAAAUACAAUUGCCCAUGCAAAUAAGUCGUACCUCUAGUUCCAUGUCUAUAGUUUCACGUAAAAGUGGCAGUUCCUCUACCCCAGGCUCAAAACACCAAAGUUUUUCAAAUCUCUAUAGCAAGGAUAAGGAAAAGGGAGUUGUAGAGACUUGUGCUCCCAUAGAGAAUGUAGUAGCACCGAGUGGUGGUAGCAGCUCAAGUAACGGUGGCCAUCCGCCACGUUUUAAAUCGGAGCUAUUCCGUUAUUACUCAGAUUCACCACCCAAUGUAGGCAGCUUAAAUUUAAAUGAACGCCAUAAAAAACGUACAACUAUUUUGAGAGAAGGCACUCACGCCUCUAGUGCCCCAGCCACAGAAGUAGCUGAGGUAACCGGUAAAUCAUAUGAGGCUCAGUUAAAAAAUCCUAGAGCUUGGUCGCCAGUACGCAGUGUAGGUUCAAUGGUAGGCACUGAAGCUCAUCCAGAAAGCGAUUCAGCAGUAUUCGAGUCGGAUUAUAUACAUCAUGGCUCAGAUGCUUUCUUGGGAGAAGAUGAUGAUCAUGCUGGAUCCCAAUUUUGGACAGAAUGUGAGGUUAUGUGGUCUUAUAUAGCAGCUGGAGCGGUAACCGUGGAUCCCGCCCAUAUACCCAACUGGUUUAACGAACAACUAUCGCCGGAUAGUCGACUAGAUAUUGAUGCCAAUUGGCGCAAGGAUAUUUUAGAGAAGCUACAAAAACGUCAAGAGAAAAUCAAUAAGGUACCAAAUCUUUCCAAAUACGAAAAGGCAGUAGAACUUUCCUCCUGGAUCAAAUCGGCCGAGGCCCGCUAUCAACGACCAAAUAGUUUAGAUUUUGAAGAUUGUCUCAUAGAGCUAGAGUGGGUUAGUGGCAAUUCAGCUUCCACACCCACCACACAAAAUCCCACAACCCAAAAAGAUUCAGAUUCUGGUACAUUCACUGUACUACACCCCGAUGGUGUUACCACCAAAAUACAAUUCUCUCUAUCGGCCAUAACAUGUGUCCAAUGUUGCAGUGAACCAGCUUCACCACGUCUUGCCAUACAUGCCCCCCAUUUGCCAUCAAAUUGCUCACCAGUACGCCUGCUGUUUGGCAGCGAUGCCGAAAUGGAAGAUUGGCUAUCACAUCUUACCUCCGUUUGCUGUCAAAUUAAUGAGGUUAUGGGCAGGCCAGCAAAUAAUUCCAUAUGGACUACUACAGAUUUGGGCGAUGUCUUCGUUUAUGAUCCCUGUAAUAUGAAAUCACAACAAUUGGAUACGGUGGGAAAUUGCUAUAAACAAGAAAUGGAUGUUAGUACAAUGGAAACACCCUACUAUAAUACUCUGUAUAAUGGAAUGCCUCGCGGUUCGGAAUUGGAAAUCUCUGGUUGUGUUUACGAUGAUGCCGACCAAAUACGUUUCGAUUUGCAAUGUCAUCCCACUAUCAAAAUGGUUGUUAAAGUGGAGAAAUUUCGUGUCAUUGCAAUGCAUAUUAAUCCAAGAUUUAAUGAAAAAACCAUCGUUCUUAAUACCAUGGAAAAUUCUGAAUGGCAAGACGAGACCCGCUACGAUAAAAUGGUAUUUGCUCCUGGUGAAAGAUUUAACCUGAAAAUAAAAGCUCUGGAAAACCAUUACACCAUCUUUGUAAAUAAUGUAUAUUUUGUAGACUAUAAAUAUCGAGUAGAUCCAGACUCCGUUACUUGCCUUUAUGUCAGUGGCCGUGUUAAACUAUUUAAUGUAGUCUAUCGUUGUCCUUCGGUGAUUGUUAAUUUACAGCAAAUGUAUUGGCGUCAAAUUGGCGGCCACAUUAAGAAAGUGUUCACUUGUUCUGCGGGUAUUGUUUGGGGCAUGACCUGCGACAAUACGGCCUGGGUCUACAACAAUGGUUGGGGUGGUAAUUUUCUUAAAGGUUUGGAAGGUAGUACGGGUAAAAUUAACAAUAUGGUUGAUACCCACAAUUAUUAUGUGUAUGAAAAUCAAAGAUGGAAUCCCAUUAGUGGUUUUACUACAAAAAGUCUGCCUACUGAUCGUUUCAUGUGGAGUGAUGCUACUGGGCGCCAGAAACGUAGCAAAGAACAUACCAAACUCUUGUCCUCACACUAUGAAUGGAUCUCGGAUUGGGUUAUUGACUAUAAUAUACCCAAUGGUUGUGAUAAGGAGGGCUGGCAAUAUGCUAUUGAUUUUCCCACUUCGUAUCAUGCUCAAAAACGUAUAACCGACUGUGUGCGUCGGCGAAGAUGGAUGAAGAAAUGCCGUCUGGUUACUAGUGGCCCUUGGCAGGAAUUAAGUCAUUCUAAAAUACUCGAUGCAGCUUUACAAGUUUUACAGCAAACGAAUAAUAAUGAUAGCGCUUAUGAGGAAACAGAAGAAAUACCCAUCAGUGCUUGGGCUAUAGCUUCGAAUGGUGAUGUGCUCAUAAGGCAUGGUGUAACUUCGCUUAAUCCCAAGGGAGAUAAUUGGGAACAUAUUGCCAGUGAACAGCCGCUAAUAGGCAUUGGAGUAACGCCCGCUGGACAGGUGUGGGUGGUGGGUAAAAAUGGUACAAUAUUUUAUCGUUAUGGCAUAACACAACAAAAUCCAUUAGGAGAUGCCUGGCAAACUGUUGAGGCUCCUACAGGUGUUAAAUUCAAAUCUAUCUCCGUGGGCCAGGCUGGCAUUUGGGCUUUGGACUGCAGUAAUCGCUUGGCAGUGCGCAAAGAAAUAACAAAAACCUUUCCCGAAGGAUCUCAUUGGCAAUUUUUAACAAAUAUGCCAAAUAUAGCACCUCACACCGAUACUCAUAUUGGUUUCAAAUCUGUCUCGGUGGGCUCUGAAGUCUGGGCAGUGGCUAUGAAUGGAGUGGUAUGCAAACGUUGUGGUAUCAGCAAAGAUAAUCCAGCUGGUUCCGGCUGGAAUAUGGGAAUUCCUGGUCAAUGGCAGCAUUUAAGUGUAGCUAGUUUUUCUUAAGGCCAAAGUAUUUUUUUAUUUUAUUCAAAAUUUUUUAGAAACAUUUCCAGGCAGUUUUCUGUUAAGUUGUUUAUUUAUUUUUAUAUUUAUUUUUUAAUUUUUACAUAUAUUUAUUACAUAUUUACAUCUAUUUAGACUGCUUUAGCUUUCUAAGAUCUUUCAGUUCUUAUUAUAGAAUUAUUUAUUUGUAUUUGCCAUUAUUAUAUGUAGUUAUCAUUCCAUAUUUGCUUCUAUUUCAUUAAAAUAUACAUAAAAAGAUCUAUAUUUAUUAAACCAAAUGAAAAAUGUUACUCAAACAAAA